CCAUUGGGACAAUUCCAAGCAGUGAUAAUUGAUCUCUAUGGUUUUCUUUCUGGGGGAGUUGUGUGUGUGUGUGUGAUCCGGUGUUGUCACACAUCCAGUCUGCUCUUUUAAGAUCUCAUUUGAGUGCCUUUGCUUACCGCUCUUAAUCAGUAUGUUUCUAUGACAACUGUUUUGUGGCUCAAACUUUCUUGCAGGGAAUAGCUUUCAAUAGGACACAAGUCUUUACAUGGUGAUUUGUGUUUGAUUGUUACCAGGGUCGUGGUCACUAGGUAGAAAAUGAAAGAAAACAGGGAGGAACUACCUCGACUUGUCCAAUAAGAAAUGCAAAUGUUUGUUUUCUGACCCAUUGCUAAAGGUUAUAAAAUGUCUGCCAUUGCUUGCCCAAAUGAACACGACCCCAUUUUAUAGAACAAAACUGCUCACCUGAACUGUUGAGUAGUCUGUAAACAUUUCCGAACUGUUAUUAUUUUUCACCAAACAAUUUUUUAUAUAUAUAUUAAUCUUACCCAGGUCACUUGGGUAUUAUUCUGUUUUGUAGGUACAUUUUCAUUGAGUUUAUUAAACACGACUACAUAGCUGCCAGUUUUAAAGUACUGUACAGUACUCUUUUAAAACUACUAACAGUAGAACUGGAGGAUUAGAUUUUGGUAAUUGUUUGCAGUCACAUCAGUAACCUAUGCACUUUGAGAAAGUUUAGAGGAUUGUGGUAAAUUAAUAAUCAAAACCAAAAAUGUGUUAUUUAUCUUUGUGUUUUCUCAUGAUAUCUGAAUAAUAUUAUACAAAUAGUUAUUUUGUAUUGAUAAAAUUUUUAACUCUUCUGGUAUGUAAUUUAUUGAAAGCAUCUACUUGAAAAUAUAUUUUUUUCUUUUAUAUCUUUUAAUUAUUUGACUUUGGUAAUGCAACUCUGUAUCAUUAGGAAAGUAAACUGUCAUUUUUUCAUGUGUUAUUUGUUUUUGUUAAGUCCCCAUCCUAAGAUCUAAUUCCAUUGGUACAGCAACGUGAUUCCUCAGUCUACAUUUGUAUGAUUACAUAAAUGAUAAAUCUCACAAUCAGAGACUACUGUCAAGUCAGAGGAUGAUUUGUUUUAAAAGUUUCAUAGAUUCAAACUUUUCAUGAUUCAAAUAAGUAUUUUUAAGUGUUAAAAAAUUUGUUGAAAAGGAAAUGUUUUAUAACCAUUACUUGUUAAGUCACAUUGAAAUCAAUCCACCAGAUGGUGACAUUUCUACAUCAUUUAUGUAAUCAUACAAAUGUAAUCUCACAAUCAUAAUUUAGCGUUCAAUAUGAAAAAAUAAUAACAGUUCGGAAAUGUUUACAGACUACUCAACAGUUCAGGUGAGCAGUUUGUCUUAUUAUCCACUUGGGGGUGCUACUGUGUUACUUUUUGGUGGUAGCCAGGAUGAUUUAUUGCUGUAUCUGUAUGCAUGUGAUUUAUAGCCAAUUCAUUGAAUUUUAUUAUUCAUUUAGAGAAACACCACAAUAUCAUAAAGAAGUAAAAGAAGGUGGAGUCCUCUUGUGGGACUGACUGAGGCACUCCAGAUUUAUCCCAAGUAUAAAUAUAGUAAUUUACACACACUUAAGGGAAGAAAAAAACUAAUGUUUUGAUCAUAAUUGUGUUUUUGUUUUUUUUGACACAACUGAAAACUUGAAAGAGUUUCAAGGACAAGGAGUUGCUGGUCUGAUGUGAUGUCAUUGGCAUCCCCCCUUGCUGUUUAGGUCGUUGUUCUCUUCAGCCUUUCUUGCAGAAACAAUAAAGGAGCAAUAGAGGAGAACAUAGAAAAUCCCCCCGUCACCUAUUGAGUUGUGCCUUUUUAAAAAGUAAAUAAGGUGAAAGUGAGACUGGACUGCCACUUUAGGAGUAGUCCCUGUACCGGUUAGUCCGGUUAGUCCCCACCCAAAUACGACCGUACCUUGUAUGCGCGGACAUGGAAACCGUUUGGUGGAAACCAGAGGACAGAGGCUGCUUUAGUGUAACUCGGCACACUGCCUGGAGGGCUGAAUAAUUAUUGGACUAGGCUACACGUGAAAUCAGAUCACUUUUUCUCCCAAAUAGUUGAAGAAAAAAGUAGCUAGUGUAGUAGACUACUAAAGUCGGGAGGAAGUCGAUCCAAAUGUUUUGUUCAUAAACGUUUUUGAACUUUUCCUAUUGUUAAGAAUGAACAACUACACUGCACAAAAUGUCCAUUGAUUAUAGGACAAGCGUCACUUCGAGUUUCCCCUGAAGAAGAAUACAGCACCGCGGUGUGACAUAAGGGAUGAAUGAGGGCCGCUCCACUGCCACUCUACUGAGAAGGUAUCACGUCGCCAUGACGGAGAAGGACACGCCUCCCUCGGCUGCGACCAAGGCUGCCCCGUCCUUGGGCUCAGAGGAGGGAGGAGGAGGUGGAGUUGGAGAGGGACAGCCUGAUGCAAAUAGUACCUACUCUGAUCUAUCGGCUUUGGCCAACCUGUUUGAGAGUCAGGAGGGCUCCCAGUCAACUCCGGACCUACCCCAGGACCCGGCUCAGGAUCUAGCCCUGCCAGGCCAGCUGCAGCCAGGGGACGGCCGACAGAACCUCCGCAUGAAGUUCCACGGUGCCUUUAAGAAGGGCAUCGCCAACCCCAUGGACUUGCUGGAGUCUACCAUGUAUGAGUCACCCGUGGUGCCCGGCCCCAAGAAAGCCCCCAUGGACUCACUCUUUGACUAUGGUACCUACAGUCCCACCAACAACAAGAAGCCACGCAGGAAGAAGCUCCUACGAGGUAAGACUGAGAUGUCCUGCGAUGAAGGUGUGGACCCUCCGGGCUCAGAUCCACCCAAGGUGAUGAAAGUGUUUAACCGCACGCUGCUUUUCGAUGGCGUGUCACGGGCCGACCCGGAGGCCCUCUCAGGCCUGCUGGAGUACCUGCAGGGUCACGACAAGAGGCUCACCGACGAGGAAUUCAAAGAACCUUCUACAGGUAAGACGUGCCUGCCCAAAGCCCUCCUGAACCUGUACAAUGGUCAGAAUGACACCAUCCCUCUGCUGAUGAACAUCGCAGAGCAGACAGUCAACCUCCAUGAGUUCAUCAACACGCCCUUCAGAGAUGUCUACUACAGAGGCCAGACGGCGCUCCACAUCGCCAUCGAGAGGCGCUGUAAGCAGUAUGUGGAGCUGCUUGUGGAGAAAGGGGCGGAUGUCCACGCUCAGGCCCGGGGACGCUUCUUCCAACCCAGGGACGAGGGGGGCUACUUCUACUUUGGCGAGCUGCCUCUGUCGCUGGCAGCGUGCACCAACCAGCCAAACAUGGUGCACUACCUGACCGAGAAUGCCCACAAGAAGGCCGACCUUCGACGGCAGGACUCACGCGGCAACACAGUGCUGCACGCCCUUGUGCACAUCGCCGACAACACUCGGGACAACACCCGCUUCCUCACCAAGAUGUACGACGUGCUGCUGACCAAGUGUGCCAAGCUCUACCCAGAAGGCAGUCUGGAGGACGUGCUCAACAAUGAUGGCAUGUCGCCCCUCAUGAUGGCGGCCAAGCUGGGAAAAAUUGGGGUUUUCCAGCACAUCAUUCGCAGGGAGAUCAAGGACGAGGAAGCGCGUCACCUCUCGCGGAAGUUUAAGGACUGGGCAUACGGCCCCGUGUACUCCUCCCUGUACGACCUCUCCUCCCUGGACACCUGUGGAGAGGAGGUGUCUGUGCUAGAGAUCCUGGUCUACAACAGCCGCAUUGAGAAUCGCCAUGAGAUGCUGGCUGUGGAGCCCAUCAACGAGCUGCUGAGAGCCAAGUGGCAGAAGUUUGCUGCCGUCACCUUCUACAUCAGUGUUGUGUCCUACCUGGUGACCAUGAUCAUCUUCACCCUGGUGGCCUACUACCGCCCAUCCCAGGGAACGCCUCCGUACCCCUAUACCACCUCCACAGACUACCUGCGUCUGGUAGGGGAGAUUGUCACCCUGUGCUCUGGAGUCUUCUUCUUCCUCACCAACAUUAAGGACCUCUUACUGAAGAAAUGCCCUGCGGUGAACUCCAUAUUUGUCAAUGGAUCCUUUCAGCUGCUCUACUUCAUCUACUCUUUGCUGGUGAUAGUGACUGCGGCCCUCUACCUGUCGGGUAUGGAGGCCUAUGUGGCUGUGAUGGUGUUUGCGUUGGUCCUGGGCUGGAUGAACACUCUCUACUUCACCAGAGGCCUGAAGCUCACCGGCACCUACAGCAUCAUGAUACAGAAGAUUCUCUUCAAAGAUCUGUUCCGGUUUCUACUGGUCUACCUGCUCUUCAUGAUUGGAUACGCGUCAGCUCUUGUGUCCCUCCUGACGGUGUGCCCCGGGCCGGAAGAGGUGUGUCCGGAGAAAGGCGGCUGCCCCACCUACCCCCAGUGCCGGGACACAAACACCUUCAGCAAAUUCCUGCUGGACCUGUUCAAACUGACCAUCGGUAUGGGCGAUCUGGACAUGGUCAGCAAGACUCAGUACCCGGCUGUCUUCCUCAUCCUGCUGGUCACCUACAUCAUCCUCAGCUUUGUUCUACUGCUCAACAUGUUGAUCGCUCUGAUGGGAGAGACGGUGAGCCAGGUGUCCAAGGAGAGCAAGAAGAUCUGGAAGCUGCAGUGGGCUACGACCAUCCUGGACAUUGAGCGCUCCUUCCCUGUGUGUCUGCGGAAGUCCUUUCGGUCCGGGGAGAUGGUGACAGUGGGGAAGAACUGGGACGGCACCCCCGACUGCCGCUGGUGCUUUAGGGUGGACGAGGUCAACUGGUGCCAUUGGAAUCAGAACCUGGCCAUAAUCAACGAAGACCCGGGCAAGAACAUAACAGAAACCCUCCCAAGCUCCAGUACAGUGCAUCAAACCGUCCGUGGCCUGAGGAGAGAUCGUUGGUCCACGAUGGUGCCGCGGGUUAUGGAGCAGAAUAAAGGGCAGCAACCACGUGACCUAGUACUGGAAAUGGAGCCACUGACCUCCAGACACUGACCCUGUGCAGAGGGCUAGAGCCCAGCACCCCAGGGAGGGCCAAUGUUAAGAACCUGCAGAUCGAAGGUCAUCAUACUCAGACUGACAAAAAAAGUGUUGGGCCACAAAGUUUGCCACUUUGCACAAAACUCUGUUGCCAAAUAUAUGUAUUUAAGUAUUAUAAGACAAUCUAACGCUAGAUUCCUAUCUUUCAAAAAAUGUGUAUGUUCAAAGCCAACCAUUAAUUGCUGUGAUGACCAGUCUCCUCUACCUGAGGAUACUACUUGAUGGUUUUAACCCAGGGGGAAGGUGCAUCUUUACCUGGUCUCUGAUUCGAAUCCCCUAGCCGACUAGGUGAAAAAUCUGUUGAUGUGCCCUUGGGCGGACCAGAUACAUAAAGUGCUUUCAUUUCUAAAUG